AUGUGGGCGGCCAGGAGAAGCUGCGACCCCUCUGGAAGUCGUACAGCCGCUGCACGGACGGCAUCAUCUACGUGGUGGACUCGGUGGACUCUGACCGGCUGGAGGAAGCGAAGACCGAGCUGCACAAGGUGA